AUGAAGGGCAAGGAGGAGAAGGAGGGCGGCGCACGGCUGGGCGCCGGCGGCGGCAGCCCCGAGAAGAGCCCGAGCGCACAGGAGCUCAAGGAGCAGGGCAACCGGCUCUUCGUGGGCCGCAAGUACCCGGAGGCGGCGGCCUGCUACGGCCGCGCCAUCACCCGGAACCCCUUGGUGGCAGUGUAUUACACCAACCGGGCACUGUGCUACCUGAAGAUGCAGCAGCACGAGCAAGCCCUGGCUGACUGUCGGCGCGCCCUGGAGCUGGACGGGCAGUCUGUGAAGGCACACUUCUUCCUGGGGCAGUGCCAGCUGGAGAUGGAAAGCUAUGAUGAGGCUAUUGCCAACCUGCAGCGAGCCUACAACCUGGCCAAGGAGCAGCGGCUCAACUUUGGGGACGACAUCCCCAGUGCUCUGCGCAUCGCAAAGAAGAAGCGCUGGAACAGCAUCGAGGAGCGACGCAUCCACCAGGAAAAUGAGCUGCACUCUUACCUCACACGGCUCAUUGUGGCUGAGCGUGAGAGGGAACUGGAAGAGUGUCAGCGGAACCACGAGGGUGAUGAGGACGACAGCCACAUACGGGCCCAGCAGGCCUGCAUUGAAGCCAAGCAUGACAAGUACUUGGCAGACAUGGAUGAGCUCUUCUCCCAGGUAGAUGAGAAGAGAAAGAAGCGAGACAUCCCCGACUACCUGUGCGGCAAGAUCAGCUUUGAGCUGAUGCGGGAGCCCUGCAUCACGCCCAGCGGCAUCACUUACGACCGCAAGGACAUCGAGGAGCACCUGCAGCGCGUGGGCCAUUUUGACCCUGUGACUCGGAGCCCCCUGACCCAGGAACAGCUCAUCCCCAACCUGGCCAUGAAAGAGGUCAUCGAUGCCUUCAUCUCUGAGAAUGGCUGGGUAGAGGAUUACUGA